AUGUUUUAAGAUAUAGAUUCAAGCGAAACAAACAAUUUAAAUAUUCCAAAAACUUCAACAGAACAAAGUAAUACAAAAUCAUCUGAUUCAUAAAGAGUAAGUUAUUUUUAUUAUUAGAAAUUAUCCCAAAUGAAAUAAUAUAAUAAAGAAAAUGCCGUGAUUAUUGAUAAAAAAUACGUAUUACUUAAUGUAAUAUAUUAAGGAAAGACUUCAACAAUCUUUGAAGGUAAUAAAACUACUAUAAUCGAAGCGAUCAAUUUAUAAUAACAAUAGGCAUGUGUCGUUCGAAUGACCCUAAUAUCUAAAAAUGAUAAUAGCACUAAAAUACUUUAGUAUUUUAAAACUUAAUUUGAGAAUCAAUUUGAGGAGAAAUAUCAAAAUGGAAAAAUAGUUUAAAACCCUUAAGAUUGUUUAGUGAGAUUGAUUGAUCAUGGAAUUUUCAUGAAUCAAUAUAAUUAUCAAGUUCUAAAUAAAACUGGUCCUAGUUUAAAGUUUUGGUUCAAUUUUUGGAAAUAAAGGUUUUCAUUUGAAUGCAUUAUUUUAAUUACUUUAAAAACUGUAAAAAUAUUUAACAUUUUAGAUUGAUGCUUUGUAAUUAUUGCAUUCUAGUAACUUUAUACAUGCAAAUUUAAAUAUGUAAAGUCUAUUAACAAGUUUGGAAAAUUAAAAGACACUUUCAAUAGGAAAUUUAUAAAACUCUAUAUUAUUCAAACCAAAUUCAAAAAUAGGAUAAAAAUGUUAACAUAUAAAUAAAUAUUCAAGUUUAGGAUAGCAUUUAGGAAUAUGUAACAAAUUAAAAAUAAAAUUAUUAGAGGUUUAUCCCAAAGAUGAUUUAGAAAGUUUACUUUAUAUAGUACUAUAAUUAUUGACAGAUGGAGAAUUUUUUGAUUCAUAAAAAUAAUUUAAAACCAGAGCAGAAAAAUUAUAAUGGUAUUUUUAAAUUAAGCAUUCAUUUUUACCUGAAAAAGUUCUUAAAAAUUAUCCACCAUGUUUUACUGAUUUUGCUAAUAAAAUAAAAUUCUUAAACCCAAUGGAAUUACCAAUUAACUAUGAUAGUUUAAAAUCUGUUUUUAAAGGAUUUAAACAUUUGGAUUUUGAUUGGGUAAUAAUUUUCAUAAUAAUCAUAGAGUAAUUUAAUAAAUGGAUUAAAGAAAAAUAGUGGAAAUUCAAGCUAAUAAGUAUCUUUGUAAAAUGUAGAAAUUAAAUCUGCAUAAAUAUCUUUAGAAACUAUUAAUGAAUCUUUAAAUGAAUAAGUUAUUGAUUUACAUCAUAGAUUAGUAAAAAAUCAGAAGAAUGAUGGAGAUUAUUGUGAUUUAAAUCCAGAAACACAAGAAUCUGAUGGAGAAAUUUCUUUUGAAGAAGAAUCAACAGAUAAAAGUUAUGUGUAUUGCUUCAAAUGA